GUCAGUUUAGUUACCGCACCACAUAAAGGCAUUGCGUUGUAGACACCGUUAUACCCGCAACAUUCUCUUACUAUUUGCUUACAUAUUUCUUGAUUUCUGACCCUUCAAUUUGACGUAAAAAAAAAAAAAGACAAACAAAAAUUACUCGGUUCGGUAUCGUUCAAUCAUCAUACAAGAAAAAUCACAGUCGCCAUUGUCGUCACAUCGUUGUAGUCGUCGUCCUCCUCUAUAGAGCGUUCGGUUGUUGUUCCGCUGCUUUGUCCACCGUCCACGUGUCAAUAACGAGAAAAAUCGCGAAGAAACAGAACAAAAACCAAAAUUCAUAAAUUUCCCAUCGUGCGAGAAGAUAAAGCAGAGGAGCGAGGACACUUCUUCGAUUUUAUCAUUUUAUUCGAAUCCCCGAUCUCUUACGCUCUCCGUCGUUAUCUCGUACUUCAUCUCGUCGAAGAAGCGUUACUCGAUUAUCCCAAUCAAAUUUUUUGCUUGAUAUCUCUCUGUAAUCGAUCCGCAACAGACUCGACGGAAGAUGAAUCGACCGUGAACGAACGAAUCAAUACGAAGGACGGUGCGCGAGAUCUCCUCACGCGGAUAAACGCGAGAUUCGGGAACGAAUGUUGAACGCGUCGAAAGGUACGAGCGGUAACGUGAGCAACGAGAGAUCGUCAGCUGGAAGAUCUUUUAAUCGGCAGAAGAAGCAGCAGAUAAAGAGAAAAAGGGACAAAAUAGGAGGGCGUCCUGCUGGUCAGGAUAGAGAAGUGACAGAGAGAAACACUUGUGGGUGUGUUUAUCGCGUGCGCGGAAUUUGUUUAUCUCCUGUAUCGUGAAUUUUUAAACGUCGAGUGUACGUCGCGAAAUUCGAGACUCUCGUAUAACAAUAUAUCGGAAAACUCUGGCUUCCAUGUUGAUCGUCACGCUGUCGUCGUCGUUACGAAUGUUCCAGGUCGCGUUGUAAUAAGACAAUUUUGCCGCAGAAAGAGAUAAAAACUAAGUACAAAGAAAAUACUAGCGCGUCUAAAAUCGUAAAAUACGCAAAAAUAUAGGAGCAAUAAAUAUCGAGAGAGAGAAAUUUAAAAAAGAGUAAUUAAAAAAAAAAAAUCCACCGUCGUUCUGUUCUGCGCCCAGAUUAUCGGCAUCCUCCAACCACUGAUUUUCAUCGUUAACCGAUUUCGUACGUUAUUAGGGACGACUCGUUAGAGGAUUGCAAUGAUGGCAAACGGAAUGGACACAGUUGUGCAACAAAACGGAGGAUCGACUCUCGGACAGACGUCGCAAGAGGAAUCCAAGACGAAUCUCAUUGUAAACUAUUUACCGCAGAGCAUGACACAGGAUGAGAUCCGUUCUUUGUUCUCUAGUAUAGGCGAGGUUGAGAGCUGCAAGCUUAUUCGUGAUAAGCUCAGCGGUCAGAGUUUGGGUUACGGUUUCGUCAACUAUCAUCGGCCUGAAGACGCCGAAAAGGCUAUAAACACGCUCAAUGGUCUUCGUUUACAGAAUAAAACUAUCAAGGUAUCGUACGCGAGACCGAGCAGCGAGGCGAUCAAAGGUGCAAAUUUGUAUGUCAGCGGUUUGCCGAAAAAUAUGGCGCAGCAGGAUUUGGAGAAUCUCUUCAGUCCUUAUGGCAGAAUUAUCACGUCGCGGAUAUUGUGCGACAACAUUACCGUACGACAGUUUGUGACCGGCGGCGGAGACAAUUUGCCCGGCCUGUCGAAGGGAGUCGGUUUCAUACGAUUUGACCAGCGCGUCGAAGCCGAGCGAGCGAUCCAAGAGCUGAAUGGCACCAUACCGAAAGGCUCGUCCGAGCCAAUCACCGUCAAGUUCGCCAACAAUCCGAGCAACAACAACAAGGCGAUACCGCCGUUGGCGGCUUAUCUCGCACCGCAGGCUACGCGGCGUUUCGGCGGGCCGAUCCACCAUCCGACCGGCCGCUUCAGGUACAUUCCACUGUCGCCACUAUCCAGCACUGGCAAGGCCAUGCUUGCCAUUAACAAAGGCUUACAGAGGUACAGUCCGCUGGCGGGUGACCUCCUGGCGAAUUCGAUGCUGCCCGGUAACACCAUGAACGGCGCCGGCUGGUGCAUCUUCGUGUACAAUCUCGCGCCCGAGACUGAAGAGAACGUGCUGUGGCAGCUGUUCGGACCGUUUGGUGCCGUCCAGUCGGUGAAGGUCAUACGCGACCUGCAGACGAACAAAUGCAAGGGCUUUGGCUUCGUGACGAUGACCAAUUACGAGGAGGCAGUGGUCGCCAUACAGAGCCUGAACGGCUACACUCUUGGCAACCGCGUGCUCCAAGUCAGCUUUAAGACGAAUAAGAGCAAGGCGGCGUAGGACGAGCAACACGCG